GGGGGCAUCCAGAGCACAUUGAGAUUAGACUUCUUCAGUUGAGGUUCACCAUGUCGGACAAGAUCGUACCCAUUACUCUUACUACUCUUUAUGAGAUGAUGGUGGACUUGACACGGAGGGUUGAGAGGAUUGAGUUUAUUUUAUCGGAGUAUCCAUCGUCAUCGAGAGGAGUUCCAGGAGUAGCGACGCCUUCAUUGCCACACUCGACUUCACCGGCACUUGUUGCUUUGGGUGCCUCACAUCCACGGCCUCGCCCACAUUCAGUGCUCCAGCAGCAUUCCUCAUCCAUUUCAUUGGCUACGUCGACACGACCUCCAUCCUGGCUUCGCGGCCCUCCGGUCAUUACAGUUCCUCAGGAGCGAUUUCACCCUCGUCGACGAUGUCGGAGACAUUUUUCAGAUCUGAGCACACCCCUGAGUAGAGUCUUUGAGACGUUCCAAGCCAUGGGAUUUUUGGCUCCUCUGGCUCCUAGGGCACUUCCGGAUCCUGUGCCUCCGCAGUUUCGGCUUGAUUUAUACUGUAUGUACCAUCAAUCGGCAGGACAUCACACUGAUCGUUGCACUGCUCUACGACAUGCCAUACAGGACAUUAUUGAUUCUGGGACGUUUGGGCAUCCUCAGUCUGAUAUGUUUCCUAUUCCUACCUCAGCUCAGGCCAUGCAUGUAGACUCCCCUCCACCAGCAGUCCCUGAUCUUAUUGAUUUGGGCGAUUGA